AUGAAGAGGGACCGCAAUGACGAUGUGGUGCGAACGCCAACCGACAACUGGGACUUUUCCCCACACCACGCAUUAGAGGAAGAGGCGAAGGCGUUUGAGAAAGCUGCGGUGCAACGCUACAUCCUUGGGCUUCUGCAUUUGAAGGGUGAGGAUCCGAAGGCAAAGCCGGCCAAUGUCGCCGCGUCCAUUCUGCAUUCCCUCAAUGAACGGUUUAAGCGGCUUGUUAAAAUAGGACAAGGAAGCUUUGGAGAGGUCUACAUUGUCUUUGACACCGUGACGCAGCUCCACCUCACAAUGAAACGCGUGCAACUCUUGCGCGGUGCAGGUAGACGUGUAAUGGGCCUGUGUAAUACAACCUCCAGGGAAAUGAAUCUGUUGCGUAUCCUUAAGCAUAAAAAUAUCGUUGAUUUAUUUGACUACCAUGUUGUCCCGGAUGGAACUCUCAUUAUGCUGAUGCCUGUUGUGGCGUAUGAUCUGGUCUCUCUGAUUCGGCUUUGGCGAAACGGCGGCCCCCGUGGGGAGCCAAGCGCUGGUCGUAUGCCACUCCCCACCAUUAAGUGUAUCUUUUAUCAGCUUCUUACCGGAGUAGCCUACCUACAUAAGGAGCGGGUAAUUCACCGCGAUGUGAAACCGAGCAAUGUCAUGAUUGAUGAAAAGGGUGUUGUGAAAAUUAUUGACUUUGGCUGGGCCCGCUUCUGUCCUCCGCGGUGGCGUGGGCCAAUGACAGGGCCGCCGUGCCCUGUAGCGUAUCGCCCACCGGAGAUUCUUCUCGGCGGGAGGCACGCAGUGAACUAUGACGCCUCCGUCGAUCUGUGGUGCUGCGGAUGCAUUCUCUUCGAGAUGCUGUCCGGUGGAAAGAUGUUUAUCACCGCCCGCAGCGAGGUGGAGGCGGUGACGGCCAUCACGGACUGGCUUGGUUCCCCGUCGUCAAAGAGCGCGCUGUAUUACGGGUGCUCGGGUAAGUCUCUCAUCCGCUUCAAAGAGAACCAGCCAAGCCAUCUGGCCCACCGGUGCGAACUGCUAAACAUUGACCGGGAUAGUGUGGACAUGCUGGAUGCAAUGCUUCAGCUGGAGCCAAGGCGACGCCGGCCCGCCGAGGAGCUGCUGCAGCACCGCUGGUUUUCCGCCGUACCCGUGGCGUGCGAGCCGCAUGAAAUAUCGCUGCCAGAGCAUAACAUUUAUCGUUGGUUGGAGUCGCGGCGUUCCUCGCAACGGCGUUGA